UCUAAUAUUUCUCUCCAUUUUUUCAUUUUUGACUUUACCCCAAAUAUUUUCCCUUUUGCUCCUCACUUUGUAAGUACUUCCAUGAUCACCCGUUAUUCUAUUCCCAAUGAAAAUUUCGAAAUUGGAAGUUAUUUCUGCAACAUGUUGCUGCUGAUUCAUCGUCUCUUUCUUCAAACUUCAACCCGCAUGUUAUUUUGAGAGUUCUGUAUGAUUGUGGCAGUCCUCUGAUUCCACAGUGCACAAAGAGGCUUGGAAAAUUAUAAUUUUAAGUUGUUAGGUAAAGGACUUGGUGAAAUGGGAGGUUGUUGCUCAUCAUCCAGAAAGCUGGAGCUUCGUGGAGCGCCAGUAUAUUAUUAUUACCAACCAUCUCCAGAAGAGAAUGCAUUCCUCAGUUCGCGCAGUAGUGGAGCGUUGCUAGAUUUAAAUCUGAACAUGUCAGCUCCUGACACUUAUCGAUCUCCUCCUGCACCUAUACCAUACGAUGUGGUUCUGGGGCGUCCACUUGUUGGUUCGAGAGACACGGCUUUAAGUGGCCAGUUUUUAGGAAAACAUAUUUGCAAGGAUAUCCAAUUGGGCAUUGUUCCACUCUCUCCUAAGAAGACAGACCUUGAGCUUUUGAAAUCUAAUCCACUUACAGUAGCAGCAACGGAUGAAGAAGAUGCCUGCCCUACUUGUCUAGAAGAGUAUGAUUCAGAGAAUCCAAAAAUAAUGACCAAGUGUAACCAUCACUUUCACCUUUCAUGCAUACUUGAGUGGAUGGAAAGAAGCGACACCUGCCCUAUCUGUGAUCAGGAAAUGAUAUACGAAAGUCCUGUGGGCGUGGCAAGAUGUGAUUAGCUUGGCUAUUAUGUGUAUAGCUCUUCUUUGUAUAUAGAUAGGAAUCCAUGCAGUUCAUCAUUUUCAAUCCUUUAUGGAUCAACAUUCAUUUGUACAAGAUCAUUUCACUUUGUAAAUAUUUCAAAUGUCUCGACCCAGUUCAGCCCUGUUGAAGCAGAUUAGUUUCAGUGAUGGCAACGUUGAUAAAGAAGGGCAUCAUCAUUCGUUCAUCAGAAGGGCUGUCGCCACAAACCUAGGUGUGAGAUGCAUAUAGACAGGGGAUAUAGUUACCACAAUUCAAGAUUUCUCUGUAUGUUCUGUCAAGAUUUAAGGUACGAAACAAUUUAUAUAGCUUCUCCCGUGUUGAAUAUUUUCAGGCUUGGUUGUAAAUUUCUUUGAAUGUGCUGAUCUACGUAAUCAUGCACAUGUGAUAGAAUUGUUCUUGGCUUUGAAAUUUAGUGAUAGAUUUAUGUACAGAUUAAUGAACUACUAUUACAAAAAUUUAGUGAGACAGAUGUGCAGAUUUAUGUAAUCAUACACAUGUGAUAGAUUUCCUAGAAACAUUGAGUAAAUUUAGUGAGCAUGUUUUGGAAUGUCAUAGUGAAUUCUGUUCCUUUGCCA